AUGAACGAUCCGAAGAAUCGCGACCGUCCAUUGUAUCUGCACGUGUCUCCAUCUUCCGAGGUACGCCUGUGUCUCCCUGCCGCCCCUCUCCCUGCCGCCCGUCUCUCUGCCGCCACUCUCCCUGCCGCCCCUCUCCCUGCCGCCCCUCUUCCUGCCUCCCCUCUCCCUGCCUCCCUCCCGUCUCCCUGCCUCCCUCCCGUCUCCCUGCCUCCCGUCUCACCCUGCCUCCCGUCUCCCUGCCUUCUACCUGCCAAGACGGCGGAGGAGAAGCAGCGGAUGGUGGACGCUGCCGUGUUCCUUCCCUCAUCUCCCCCCCCCUUCCCCACCCCAUCUCCCCGUUCCCCCCUCUCCCGCAUUCCCCCUCGCCACCUUCCUUUGUCUCCGCGUGGGCAGGCCAAGACGGCGGAGGAGAAGCAGCGGAUGGUGGACGCUGCCGUGUUCCUUCCCUCAUCUCCCCCCCCCUUCCCCACCCCAUCUCCCCGUUCCCCCCUCUCCCGCAUUCCCCCUCGCCACCUUCCUUUGUCUCCGCGUGGGCAGGCCAAGACGGCGGAGGAGAAGCAGCGGAUGGUGGACGCUGCCGUCCGUAUGAUCGACGACAUCAUGAAUCUACGGCCAGGAGAGCAGCCCAGGGCCCAGGCGCCCGAUCGGGCCGAUCCGGGCCGUCCGCCGUGGGGCGACGAGCGGUCGAGACCGUCUCGCGGCAGCGGCAGGGCGGGGCGGGGCGGGAGGCAUGAGAGGGAGCAGGAGGCGGGCAGGGGGCGGGAAAGAGAGAGAUACGAUCCGGAGAGGGAGAGAGAGGGGUAUGGCGCCCCUCCCCAGUACGCACCUCCCCCCGGAUCCUACCCUCCCGGGUCCUAUCCCCCGGGGUCCUACCCGCCUGCCUCCUACCCGCCUGGGUCCUACCCUCCUCAGGGUCAGCCUCCCCCCUAUGGUGCACCUCCAGGGGGAUAUCCCGCCCCCCCUCCAGGCACCUAUGACCCUGCAUACGGCCCCCCUCCUCCCCACGGUUACCCAGGCUACCCCCCUCCUGCUGGUGCCCCUGCUCCGUAUCCCCCUCAGGGUGCCCCUGGGUAUGGCCCUCCCCCGCAGGGUGCUCCCGGUGAAUACCCCCCCCAGGCGCCCGGGCAGUACCCUCCCGGGAAAUACCCACCGCCUGCGUAUUCCCCUGCUGGUUACCCUGCUGCCGCCCCGUCCCCAUAUGCACCUCCCCCGGGUGGCGCCUAUGGCGCGCCCCCGCCAGGGGCGUAUGGGGAGGGGUAUGGUGCCCCGUCCGCUUCUGCUGGGUCUAUCCCCCCUGGCAGCAGCAUUGUGCUGGUGUUUGCGGGAUUCGAGCCUACCCGAGAAUUCGACGCGUCUGGCCGCAUCAGAGGCCCGAAUGUGAGUGAAGCAGGGUGGGGAGGGGAAGAGGAUUGGGUGGGGCUGGUUGGAGGGGGGUAUGGCGCCCCGUCCGCUUCUGCUGGGUCUAUCCCCCCCGGCAGCAACAUCGUGCUGGUGUUUGCGGGGUUCGAACCGACACGGGUGUUUGAUGCCUCUGGGCGCAUCAGAGGCCCCAAUGACUCGUAUUUGGAGCAUAUUCAGACGUCCACGGGUAUCAAGGCGACGCUGCAUGGACGAUGCUCCAACAACCACGAGAUCAACGGCGAAGAGCUGAACGCGCCCCUACACGUCUCCCUCACUGCCUCUGAGGGCGCAUCGGCAGCACAGAUGGCCGAAGCAAAGAAGCUGGCAGAGAGCCUUAUAGACACCAUCCGGGACGAGUGGCAGCAGCAGCAGCAGUCAGGGGGCGCAGGGGGCGCAGGGGGCGGAGGGGGCGGAGGAGGGGGAGGAGGCGGAGGAGGUGGAGGGGGAGGGGGGGAGAAGGACGGGGGUGGAGGGGGAGGGGUGAGUGGGCCAGGGUAUGCAGCGUAUGGGGGGUUGUAUUCGCAGGUGGGCAUGGGGGGAGGGGGAGGGGCGAACAGAAGCACAUCGGGCAAGGGGAGAAAGUUUCGAGAAGUGACUGACGUGGGAGGGGGAGGAGGAGGCGGUGGUGGUGCUGCUGGUAAUACUCCUGGUGGUGGUGCUGCUGGUGGUGGUAGCGGGAGUGGUGGUGGUGGUGGUUCAACUGGUGCGGGUGGCAAUGCAGGGAAUGGUACAGGUUCCUACCAGUCUUCCUAUGGUUCGUAUGGGGGGAGCUAUACCACUUACCAGCCGCAGCAGCAGCAGCAACAGCAGCAGCAGCAGCAGCAGCAGCAGCAGCAGCAGCAUCAGCCGCAGCAGCAGUACCAAUCGUCUUCCAUGCCUCCGCCACAGGCUCGGUCAGUCAUGGGCCCGCCACCGCCGAAGCUGCCACACAGGCUCGGCGGAGGAGGUGGAGGCCAGGCAAAUGAGCAAAACGGUUCGGUGACUGCAGGCUCGGCAGGUGGCCCGGGAGGAAUGACUCUUGUGGACUAUGGAGAGGAGGAAGAUUGA